AUGGAAUCAAAAGCUUGUGAACCAAAUAAUGAAGAUCUUUUAUCAAGUAGUGGCCUCACAGCCAAUGUAGGUUCUUCAAGUCCAUUUUUUAUGUCAUCUAUUCGUGGAACAAUAAUUGAAAACACAUCUUCAUCUGGGACAUUGACACAAAUUCCGUUUUUUCCUAAAUAUGAAGUGGAACUUGAUUCUCAUAGAAAAGCCAUCCCUUACCCUGGAAAGGAACAUAUUGAACGUGUUUUGGAAGAAUAUUCACAUCAAGUCAAAGAUUUGCAGAGAAGACUAAAUGAAAGCAAUGAAUUGCAUGAGAAACAAAAGUUUUAUUUAAGGCAGUCAAUCAUUGAUUUGCAAACAAAACUUCAAGAAAUGCAAAUGGAAAGAGAUGCCAUGGCUGACAUCAGACGAAGGGAGAGUCAGUCCCAGGAGGAUUUAAGAAAUCAACUUCAAAAUACAGUUCAUGAGCUUGAAGUUGCCAAGUGCCUUAAGGAGGAUAUGCUGAAAGACAGCAAUGCACAGAUAGAGCAGUUAAGGAAGAUGAUGCUUAGUCAUGAGGGGGUUCUUCAGGAAAUCCGUUCUACCCUGGUGGACUUUGAAGAAGCCUCAGGCAAGAAAAUAUGUGAACACGAAAGCAUGUCUACUAUCCACUUCCGCAACAUGGGCUCAGCUGUUAGCAAAAUCCUAAGAGAAUUAGACACAGAAAUUUCUUAUCUUAAAGGGAGGAUAUAUCCAGUAGAGGAUCAGCUUGAAGCACUAAAAUCUGAAUCACAGAACAAAAUAGAACUACUUCUUCAACAGCAUCAAGAUAGGAUUGAGCAGUUAAUAAAUGAACAUGAAAUUGAAGUAACAGGACUUACUGAGAAAGCAAGUAGUGCUCGAAGCCAAGCCAACAGUAUCCAAAGUCAACUAGAAAUCAUUCAAGAACAAGCAAGAAACCAAAAUUCAAUGUAUAUGCGUCAACUCAGUGAACUGGAAUCUACUGUUUCUCAGCUACGUUCUGAACUGAGGGAAGCCAAAAGGAUGUAUGAAGACAAAAUAGAAGAUCUGGAGAAGCAGCUAGUCCUUGCCAAUUCAGAACUAACUGAAGCUCGCACGGAACGUGAUCAGUUUAGUCAGGAGUCUGGAAAUUUGGACGAUCAACUUCAAAAGCUCUUGGCUGAUCUGCAUAAAAGAGACAAGGAGCUGAGUUUGGAGAAGGAACAGAAUAAGCGUCUGUGGGACCGAGACACAGGCAACAGCAUCACCAUCGACCACCUGCGGCGGGAGCUGGAUGACAGAAACAUGGAGGUGCAACGCCUGGAAGCUCUGCUCAAGGCCAUGAAGAGCGAGUGUCAGGGCCAGAUGGAACGACAGAUGGCAGCAAUUCAGGGCAAGAAUGAAAGCCUAGAAAAAGUGUCCUCCCUGACAGCUCAGCUUGAAUCCACCAAAGAAAUGCUCCGUAAAGUGGUGGAAGAGUUGACAGCCAAGAAGAUGACCCUGGAGAGCUCAGAGAGGACAGUUUCAGACCUGACAGUUUCCCUCCAGGAAAAAGAGAGAGCCAUCGAAGCCACCAAUGCCGAGAUCACCAAGCUCCGCUCCCGGGUCGACUUGAAAUUGCAGGAGUUGCAGCACUUGAAAAAUGAAGGGGAUCAUCUCAGAAACGUGCAGACGGAAUGUGAGGCCCUUAAGCUACAGAUGGCAGAAAAGGACAAGGUGAUCGAGAUUUUGCGACAACAGAUUGAAAAUAUGACGCAGUUGGUUGGCCAGCAUGGACGAACUGCCGGUGCUAUGCAAGUAGAAAAGGCUCAGCUGGAGAAAGAGAUUAAUGACAGGAGGCUGGAGCUACAGGAAUUUAAGAUUUUAAAAGAUAAAAAAGAUGCAAAGAUCCGGGAGCUUGAGGCUAGAGUGAGUGAUCUGGAACUGGAAAAGGUAAAGCUGGUGAAUGCAGGUUCUGAGCGACUCCGUGCAGUGAAGGACAUCAAGCAAGAGAGAGAUCAAUUGUUAAAUGAGGUGAAAGCUAGUAGGAAUGAAUUAAACAGUCUUACAGAAGACUACGAAGUUUUAAAAAGGAAUUUUCGAAACAAAAGUGAAGAAAUGGAAACUACUACGAAUAAGCUGAAAAUGCAAUUAAAAUCUGCACAGUCUGAACUAGAACAAACCAGAAACACAUUAAAAUCAAUGGAAGGAUCUGAUGGCCAUGCAAUGAAAGUGGCAAUGGGUAUGCAAAAGCAAAUCACAGCUAAAAGAGGCCAGAUAGAUGCCCUUCAGAGCAAGAUACAGUUUUUGGAAGAGGCAAUGACAAAUUCCAAUAAGGAAAAACAUUUCCUGAAAGAAGAGAAGAAUAAAUUAAGCCAGGAAUUAAAUAUUGUUGCAACAGAAAAAAGCAAGAUGGCAGGAGAACUGGAAGUCCUGAGGUCACAGGAACGCCGUCUGAAGGAAAAAGUUGCUAAUAUGGAAGCUGCUCUUGAUAAGGCAUCUUUGCAGUUUGCAGAAUGUCAAGAUAUAAUACAGCGUCAGGAACAAGAAUCUGUACGACUAAAACUUCAACACACUUUGGAUGUAAAAGAACUUCAGGGGCCUGGAUACACCUCAAACCCUGUGAAACCACGCCUUUCUCAGUCACCAUCCGUGGCCUGUCCUCAUUCUAAUGUGGCAUCUUCCCCAUCUACAAACAGUUUCCUGUCUCAUCACUCUAUGAAACCUAACAUCCUGAAGGAAGACCCAACAAGGGACCUAAAACAGCUUCUCCAGGAGUUGAGAAGUGUGAUCAAUGAGGAGCCCCCUGUGUCUCUGGGCAAGACUGAGGAAGAUGCAAGAACGCCAUCUUUGGGCGUCUCCUAUGGGACUGUAGAUGAUAGAGGAAGAGAUUGCAUGACUGAAUCAAGCCUGAGAGUAGAGCUAUGUCAUAGAAGUAACAACUCGUUAAGAGAAUCCACGGAAGGCAGCAAGUCAAGUGAAACACUCAGCAGAGAGCCCGUCACCUUACAUGCAGCAGACCUGGGGGAUCCACCUACUUGCUUCACAUUCCCAUCUAUUGCAAGCCCAUCUGUGAAAAAUUCAAUUUCUCGUUCAUUCCAUUCUUCUCCAAAGAAGUCUCCAGUUCACUCACUCCUAACUAGUUCUGUUGAAGAUUCCAUCGGGUCUGCAUCACAAUACAGAUCUACCAAAGCUACGCAUUCACCUGAUUCUGUUAAAGCUUCACAGUCUCAGCCAAUAGAAACAACUGGGAAAACAUGCCGAAAGCUUCAGAACAGGCUGGAAAGCUUGCAAUCUCUGGUAGAAGAUUUACAGAUGAAAAACCAAGCAAUGUCUUCAAUGAUCAGAAAUCAAGAAAAGAGGAUACAGAAAGUGAAAGACCAAGAAAAAAUGUUACUAAAAUGA